AUGGCGAUCACGUACUUAAGGAGACCUUCCGGGAAGAAACUCAUGACAGAAGAUAAGAAGAUUUCGGCCAUAUGUGAUUUAAUCACUCAACUCAACUACACCCCCAAGUCAUUCCUUCAAACCUUCCUCCAACGCAAAAACAUGAAGUCCGCCGUCCAACGCCGGUUCUGGGGCACGCGUAUAGGAUGGCCGACCACACUUGUGCUCCUCAAAUCUAUUCGUGGAGUUAUUGUCAAAAAACCCUCCGGCCGUCAACGAUGGGAAGAUUUCAUUCUAGCUGAGGCUACCGGAAUCGUCGAGGCGCAGAAGCCUCCCCGUGGAGCAUAUCCCAAAGGCGCAUACCACAAUACUAAGAAUCUCUCUCCCUAUUUCUUUAGCUCAAAAUCGAAGAGACAGCGAACUGAAGAUAUCAAAGAUCAUAUGCCCUUUUUGUUUGAACUCCUUGUGAAUAAGAUGGGACAUCGACCCGGCAAUAAUCAAACAAUGAAGGACGGAAACGACUUGAGUGAUUGUGACUCAGAUUCUGCCGAGACUUUGAGUGCAGCAAGCGAGGACGAUCAUUACAUGUUCAGCGGGAAGACUUUGAAUGGACCGAAGAAAAAAUCGUCGAUAGAUCAUGGUCAAAGAGCUCGGAUGACUGCGUCAACGAUGUGCUCAAUGGCUGCAUUUGUCUCAAAUCGACGUCACAAUGGACAUCAACUUGCAAACUCCAUCUCUUUCCUAGCGUGUGGUGUUACCGACCGAGUCAGCAAGUUCUUACAGUAUGUUGGCCUCUCAUCCUCCCGCCAAACAGCCCACAACUCCUUGCAUCGACUGAGCAAGCAAGCCGAAAGACGAAUUGCAACGAAGAUUGGCCGAACUCCUCCCAAUCUCCCAACAUUAGCCCCUUUCUUGUGCUUUGACAACCUCGAUUUCGAACAGAGGAUACAUACACAGUCGAUUGGCCAUUCAACCCACAUGUUCCACGGUACGUGGGGCUAUGUACAUCAGAUAAAUCAGGCUUUACUCGAUUCGGUACCCAAGGCCGAUCUUACUCUGGCGAGCUACAAACGAGCAAUGUCUAACAUUUCAAAACUUGAAGUCACCCCUAAAAUGUUCAUUCCAAAACCACCAGAGGACGAGCACUGGGAAUUCGUCUUGAAAAGUCAAAUCGCGCGUACAAUUCUCGAGCAUAUUGCUCAACCAUCUGAUUCACAAGUAUCAAUUGCGAUUCAGCCUCCCAUGAUUGAUCAACUUCCGGCCGACGAGCCUGACAUAACCAUGCUGAAACUGAUGGUUGCUUCAGAUAACUCAUCACAAGGAGUUGGUGAAGUAUUUGAAGCAAUUGUUAAUCAGUCAAGCAUCUCCAUGACCGACUUUGCCAGUCGACUACAGAUUAUCGAUGCUGAUCUAGCUUCUUGUACAAACAUCUCAAGUUUGCGAACUCAGCGAGUGCCAAGCAGGCAUCCUGAAGAAAGCUUAUCACAUGUCUUAACAAUCUUGGGGGGAUCGCACACACUGUGGAACAUUGCCCAUGCAAUCUAUUCAAAGCACUACGGAAAUUGCUCUGACUCGCGCGAUUCAGGCGCCUGGCGAUUUCUUCAAGGUCUUGGAAUUCCGUGUCCAAAUGUUGUGGACAAGAAAGACUUCACGCUUAUGAUCAAGAAUAUGGACAAGAUACAUACAGCGACGUUGGUUUACUGCAUCAAACUGGUGAUGGGUACCGAGAAAGAAAACAUCAAUGACCAACUCGAACAGCUCCCUAGCAAAACAAUCAAUGAUUUAAUCGAUCAAACAUUCGAUCGAUUCUUUUCACCUGAGGCCAAAAAAGCCUCACAAGGCUCAGCGAAGUUGUCAAACUUAAUACUGCGUUUAUCCGAUUUCGCGUCUGUUGUUGAGGGGAAUGCUGCAAUGAAAGCUGGAGAUGUCGGAAGGCUAAUGGUUGUCUGGAAACGAUGGGCUGUUAUAUCGCAAGGGAUCAAGAAACUGACUCAAUAUUCUGUUCAACUACCUCGGAUGAUCUUACUACUGAACGAGGUAUUACCACGUGGCUUGGCCCACAUUAUAUUACAUUCACUAUUGAUCGCCCCGAGUGGACGUCAGAAGCAUUUUGUUGCAAAAGAUCAACAUCUUGAGCAGCAGAACUACUGGCUGAAAUUCUUUUUCAACCAUGGAGGUCGAGGGGCUGACAUUGAUCGGCUCAAAAAUGUGUACUCAGUCAACAUUACAUUGCUUCAAAAUAUUAUCAGCGACCUGGCGAGUGAUGCUGGCAAAGUCGAUAUCGCUCAAUCACAUCACAAUCGGAUUGGUAUAACAUCCCUCAACAAUUGCCUUCGGAUGUGUCGACAAAAUGAUGUGUGUUCAACUGUUCAUAAGCUAGGCGAGUAUAUACCGGCUGUUAUCGACAACUUUUAUGCACUAGGGAUUCAGACACUGAAAGUAAAACAAUUGAAAAAAGGAAAGCCGAUAAAUAAUCUUCGACCAUCGACUAUUGGUGUAUCUAACUCUCACAACCACCUAGACAAUGUAGAUGACGAUACGGAUGUUAGCUCGGCUGGGGAUGAUGAACCCGAAAUAGAUGAAAAUGGGGCAGGAGAUGAAAAUACGGAAGGUGAUGAACAGUCUGCUGAUGAUGGAGAGUGGCAAGACAUAUAA